AUGAGGCUUUUCCUCUUAUUGAUCGUGAAAUUUUGCGUCAAUUCCGCUGAAGACACUGAUUCAAUAAAACUCGGUGAACUGUUAAAACUUGAUCCGGGUGCUCGUCUUUUGGCCGAAAAUUUGACGAUCUCAAUUCCGAAGAAAUUCGUGAUUAAUGGAACGGAAGUGCUUUCAAAUAUUGUUUUCUCGGCGAAAAGCAUUGACUACUCGUCUAACAAUAAGAAAACUGAGAAAACAAAUUUAACCACUCUUGGACCGGAUUUGUCCCAACGAGACUCACAUUCUCGUUUGGAGGAUUCGAUUGAUUCAACUCUUGAUCCAUGCGAUGAUUUCUACAAAUUCGUCUGUUCCGUUACUGUUGAGCCGGACGUCUACAACUCGACUAUAAACACAAUUACGAUCAGCCCAGAGAAACCGAUGAUCGAGAUUCAAUACUACACGGAUCCGAAUUAUAAGAGCCAACUCACUGAAGGUUAUACAUUCAUCAGAGAAAUUUAUGGUUUCUUGAGCAAAGAUGAUGUGAAAAGGGAAUUCUUUGAUGGAACCAUUAAGGAAAGUGAACGAAAGCUCCGAAAUUAUUUUGCGAUCGAUCGAAGAAUGGCCGAGAUUGACUCAUUGUUUCUCGAAGACAACACAACGGAUAUUUCAGUCAAACUGCCUGAGGUCUCGGAUUUGAUCACUGCGGUCAAUUUCACUCGUUAUUUUGAAGCUAUUCUUCCGAAAUCUGUUCAAGAAAAGCUGUCAUUGUCAAAAAUGAAUAUUCGUUUGCGAAAUAUCAUUUUCUCACUGCUUCCCUAUUUGGAUGAUCGUUUUCUCGAUGCUUACAAUAAACUAAAUCAAAGAAUCUACGGAGUAAAAACGAAAGACAGUACUGAAGAAGAUUGUAUCAAUGCUUCGGUCGAAGUUUUUUCCGAUGUAGCUGGAGCUCUUUACAUUGAACGGUAUUUCUCUCAAAAAAGCGUCGAUGAAGUUUCGAUGAUGGUGAAAAACAUCAGAAACUCGUUCAUUGAGAUUUUGGAAGAGACUGACUGGAUGGACAACAAAACAAAAGCCGCAGCUAGGUUAAAGGCCGAAAGGAUGAUGGAGUUCAUCGGCUACAAUCCAACAAUAUUCAACGCGACGUCGAUUGCUGAGAAAUAUGAAUUACUAGACUACCCAGCUCCACUCACCAUGCAGGGAAUCAGCAACGCGAUCACAAAAUGGAGUCAACAACCAAUACUUGCCGGGAUUCUUCAGCCGCCUUUCUUUGAUCCGAAAUUCUCGAGACCACAAAAUUAUGGUUCAAUCGGGGUGGUAAUUGGGCAUGAGAUUACGCAUGGUUUUGAUAACUAUGGCUCACAAUUCGACGAGUUAGGCAACAAGAAAAACUGGUGGGACGCAAAAACCCUCACGAACUACGAACAAAUGAAGCAAUGUUUCGUGGAACAAUACGGACACACGAAAAUCGAACCGCUCAACAUUUAUAUUGAUGGGUACAAAACACUUGGCGAGAACAUAGCCGACAAUGGAGGGCUUCGAUCAGCUUUGAGAGGGGUGCAGAAGUUGAUCAAUGAGAAGAAAAUUGACACCGAGAAUAUACCGAUUGCCCUUCGGAAGUACUCACCGUUGCAGAUUUUCUUCAUGAGCUAUGCAUUUUCAUGGUGUGGUAACUGGAGAAACGAGACUCUACUCACCGAGACACUUGAGGAUACCCACAGUCCGGAUAGAGCUCGUGUCAACGUAAAAACAAGGAUCUUGCAAUCACUUGAUCAUUUGGAACCACCGUUCAUCAAUGAGACUUUUUUUGAACAAAACGCCAAGUUGAUCAAGUAUUUACAAGAGAGGAAACCACCAGUGGCGCCACCAAAGGAAAUCUUUGAAACAUUUCACAUAGCCGUUUCAUCCAAUGCGAACUAUUCGCGAACGUUUUUACCAAUUCCUGAACAGGGUCUGAAAAGAAGAAUCGUAGAAGUGAAAGCUUCAAUUAUUUUCGACAAAUCUCCAAUUGAUUCUCCGGCGAGUGUUGAAGUUUACACAAAGUCUAAAGAGGGAAGAAAUCUCUUUGGCUCUGGUGAGCUCGGGCACAUCCCCACCUUGAAUAACAACGAACAAAUUGCAAAGUUUUCUCCACAAGAUUUUCAACCAUUGCUCCAAAAGAUUGGCUCUGGUGAAAUCGAGCUUGAGAUCUUGUUCUAUUUCAAUGCUAAGAAAACGACUAUCGCACAGAGAUUUGACUCACAAACAACUAACAUUUUCUUCGAGAUCAAAACGAAGAAUUUAAUGGCGCUAAAGGGACAAGAGUUGUGUGAUCUAUCAGAUGGGGAUGAGGGCUGCUGUCUGCGCUCUAUGCCAGUCGAUUUUAGUCUGAUGAAAAAUUGGAACUUUUUGAUUGCCCCACGUGCUUUCGACAUCUACAUUUGCACUGGAAGUUGUGCAAUUAACAAUCAUGCACGUGACGCCAAUUCCGAUGAGUACAUCCCAGUUUCCAGACAUCAGAUCAUGAAAGAUAGCUUUGCAGAAGAUUUAGUUCCACAAUGUUGCCAUCCGACUCAAUACGAUGACAUCACUUUGUUUCUGCACACCCCGUCAGCCGCCGUGAAGCAAAUUCGUUAUGAAAAUCUUUUAGUGGCUGCUUGUGGUUGUGAU